AUGGCCAGACACGUCAGGACUGUCAUCUUCAAGAAGUGGCUGGAACCCAAAGAGGACGGCAUCAUGACUGCCCGGAUGGAGGCCGUGCUUGAGGAGUCUGUGGAAGACCGCAUCUGUCACACCAUAUUUAAGGACAAGUACGAGCUACAGGAAGGCACACCAACCCCUCCAGUCGUCAUGCUGGAAAAUGAAACAUUCUGCGCACUUUUCAACGGAAACAUCCGCCCUGAUGUGGAGAUGGUGAACAACCAAUAUGGAAAGGACUUCAAGUUCUACUGCGACAGGACCAAUAGGCUGGAGUUCAUGCUAAAGCUAGUGGACAAGGGUAAAGGUGCCCUCUCAAAGGUACACAUCUUCCCGGGGGCGAGAGUGUUGUAUCAUCCGUGUGAACGCGGCGAAAAACCUGCAACGCCCCUUGCGAUGGCCGAAAUAACAGCACCCACUGGUAACAUCUGUGAUUACUGGUUGGCGUGUAGGAGGUUCAAAGAUUCAUUGAACAUAGAAGCCAGCUAUUUCAACCCUGAUGAAGACAAAUGCUUCUGCGAGAAAUGUCACAAAGACCGGGGAGACAGGGGUUCGUAUCUCAGGGGCGACCCGAAGAAAAGGUACGCGCUUCCUGUCGGCUGGUGCAGGUUUGGUCUCAGGGUACCAGCAACCUUUGGGGACAGUGAGUUAAACGUGUUCUCUAACUGGCACCGCGCGUACCAUGGGACAAAGCACGAGACGGUGAAGAAGAUUCUACAAGGAAGCUCGAUACUUCUCAUUCCAGGAGACGUAGCAAUGGGUGGCUAUGAGUUACCAAUCAGGAAGGGCCACCUGAAUCCUAAGAAUCAGCCGGACUGGUUAGACACCAUACAAGUGUUCGUGUCACCAAGCAUCGUGUACGCUGGGCACGAUCUCUACGCUACUACCAAAAAGUUCCACGACGUCACCCAUAGCAGAAAGGUCUACAAAGCUCGUGUAGCCUUCCAGUUGUGUAUUCGGCCGGGUAGCUACAAGGUUGGACCGGAAACUGUGGGUGCUAAAAAGAGGAAAGAAACCAUCGACCCUCUCUUCAAAAAUGAAGAGCUGGAGUGGUCCACUAGGGAAAGGGGAGGGCACGCACUCUAUGGACUGCUUGUUAAGUUAGAGGAUUCUUGAAGCCAUGUCAUGAGCGUUUAGCUUUUCAUUCUAAUGGUAUAUACAUGUUUAUAAUAUGACUAGAUUCAUAGCCUGCUCAGAACACUUGGAUAUGUGAUAGAGUGAUUAUGCAACACGUUGGUCUUUACUAUAUUGCGUAGAAGGUAAGAGUUAGAAACUUUUUUUUAUACUUAUGGAGUUUGCAUCAUCUGCAAUGGUGUCUCGUGUCUGCAUUUAUCUCCUUCUUCUUCUCAUCCCCAUUGCAUUUGUAUAGCAAUCGAUAUUCAGACAACUGUUGUGCCUGCGACGUCUUCAUACAAAACGUUAUCAACUGUAUACGUGUCAAUUGCAAUAGCAUAUUAGGGUACAAGCCUGGGUGCUUUCUGUCUUCAUUUGAUAGUGUAAAUAUUUUGCAGCCAUUGCUGUAUUCUUUAAAAAAGUGCCUUCAUCACUACCAUGUAAAACCAAUAAUAACAUCAUUUCAAGUGAAAACAGCUAAAUAGAGCAAUUAUCUCUUUUCUCACAAGC